AGAAAGAAAAAAAAGAUGAGAGUUUUUAUUAGAUACACCUGUCGAAGGCCAAAUCGAAUAAACCGUAUUCUCCGAUGAUACCAAUGCUGGUAGAGUUGUGAUUACUAUAGUGUUUGCACUUAGUAUAUGUGUGUUACAUUCGAACGUUUCUUCUUAUUUGAUUUGGAUUAUACUUAAGAAGAAAAUUGUUCUUUAUCAUUUGAAGUUCUUUUGUAUGAAAAAUUCUUCCUUCUUCUUCUUCUUCAUAUUUUUUGUUAAAAACGAUGAAUGAAAUUUAAUUUGGGAGUACAGUUUGAAGAAAUUGUUGUUCUUUGCCACGUCUCAGGGUUACUGACACCUCACAGAAGUUUCAAAUUGAUUAGGAUGGCGACCAAUCAAGAAGGAGAGACUGGAAUAACUAUUCCUUUACAGUUUAAUGAUAGCCAUUGGAAAGGUAUCUUUGAAAAAUAUGACCUAGAUGGUGACGGUAAGAUCUCAUAUCAAGAGUUGAAGGCUAUGAUACGAGGUUCAGCGUAUACCAAUGAUAUUCCUGCCAAUGUAGUUCAUAUAAUAAUGCGUAAAGCAGAUUUGGAUGAUUCUGGGUAUUUAGAAUAUCCAGAAUUCAUUGCUAUGAUUCAUAGAAAAGAUAUGCAAGGAGUUUUCGGUCAUCUUGUACAACGUUAUGUACAUUCGAUGGUACCUCAAAGACCAACCGCUGCCCAGUAUUCUCAAUCUUCUACUGAUUAUCCAGAUGGACAAUACGAAGAGGAAUAUAGUUGUAGGCCACCAGCAGUGGCGAUGAUAACCAUAUCAAUAAUAGAGAUUAUUUUAUUUUUGUACGACGUUAUAGAACAUAAGUCACUUUCCAUGGAUGGGCCAGCAGCUACUUUAUUUAUUUAUAAUCCGCACAAAAGAUACCAAGCUUGGAGGUAUGUGACGUAUAUGUUCGUACACGUUGGAAUUCUUCAUUUGGUCGUUAAUUUGUUCGUUCAAAUAAUGCUGGGCAUACCACUGGAAAUGGUUCAUAAAUGGUGGAGAGUAUUAAUCAUCUACAUAGCAGGAGUGAUAGCUGGAUCUCUUGGAACGUCGGUUUCAGAUCCUACUGUUUAUUUAGCAGGAGCAUCCGGUGGUGUAUACGCACUAAUUACUGCACACGUAGCAACGAUAUUGAUGAAUUGGUCAGAAAUGGAAUUUGCUGGCCUUCAGUCAAUAGUGUUUCUUGUUAUAGCCAUAGUUGACAUAGGUCAAGCAAUAUACAGUCGUUAUGUCGAAGUAGACGUAGACAAUCAAAUUGGAUACGUAGCUCAUUUGACUGGUGCUUUAGCCGGACUUCUUGUCGGUAUUAAUGUUCUUCGUAAUCUGGAAGUUAGAACUUGGGAAAAGGUUAUUUGGUGGGUCAGUAUUGUUACAUACACAAUUCUCAUGACGGCAGCUAUUUUGUGGAAUAUUUUAUAUCCUUCGUAUUAUUCGUAAUAGUUACAAAAAAUAGAUAAUAGUGUUCGUUUU